AGAGUGAAUUCUGGGCAAGGGUUUUCAACGGAUGACAAAGAUUUCUUGUAUCAUCUUGGGUAUUUUGUGAUCUGCGUGCUGGGAACCUUUGUUCAUCCCUUUUUCUACUCGAUACUGCUCUUGGAUGUUGUUCAUCGAGAAGAAACUCUUUUAAACGUCAUCAAGUCCGUCACAAGAAACGGCAGGUCGAUCGUUCUCACCGCAGUCCUGGCCCUGAUCCUCGUUUACCUCUUCUCCAUUAUCGGAUACCUGUGGUUCAAGGACGACUUCUUGGUCACUGUGGAACCCGAGGACACGGAAUCUGCUGCAUUGGCUAUCGAUCCUGGGGGAUUCUGCUCUGCGGGUUCUCCCUGCUCAAACGAUACCGUUAACGUUUGGGUGAAACCCAAAGAAAAUGUUACGAUUGAGAGCACGACGCGAGCAGUGGCCACUUCGGAAGAUGUGAAGGAGCGAGCGUGUGAUUCUUUGAUCAUGUGCAUUGUGACCACUUUGAAUCAAGGGCUUAGGAAUGGAGGAGGCAUAGGGGAUGUUUUAAGAUCACCCAGCGCGAAAGAACGUUUGUUCUUCGCCCGAGUAUUCUACGACCUCCUGUUCUUCUUCGUCGUCAUCAUUAUCGUGCUGAACCUGAUUUUCGGUGUCAUCAUUGACACCUUUGCGGAUCUGAGGUCUGAGAAGCAGCAAAAAGAAGAGAUUUUGAAAAAUACUUGCUUCGUGUGUGGACUGGAACGUUCGGCCUUUGACAACCGCGUUACGAGUUUCGAAGAUCACAUUAGAAAAGAGCACAACAUGUGGCAUUACCUGUACUUUAUUGUCUUGGUUCGAGUGAAGGAUUCCACCGAGUUCACGGGACCAGAGAGUUACGUUCAUGCCAUGGUCAAAGAGAAAAAUUUGGAUUGGUUCCCACGUUUGCGAUCCAUGAGCUUGAUAACGUCUAAUGAAACCUUCGAAUCCCUGGGAACUGCAGUAGGAAGCGACUUGAGCGAGGGAUUCGGAAUGAUUUCUGGCUCUGGUUCAUCAGUCGGCGGUUUGUCGACCCAACUGAGCAGUGGGUCCAUUGUNCGCUCAAUAGCUGGUUUAUCAUUCCAGAAGAAACUCCUUACUUUUGUUUUUAGUGCAGUAUUUCUCCUGCAGCGGGAACGUUUGUUCUUCGCCCGAGUAUUCUACGACCUCCUGUUCUUCUUCGUCGUCAUCAUUAUCGUGCUGAACCUGAUUUUCGGUGUCAUCAUUGACACCUUUGCGGAUCUGAGGUCUGAGAAGCAGCAAAAAGAAGAGAUCUUGAAAAAUACUUGCUUCGUGUGUGGACUGGAACGUUCGGCCUUUGACAACCGCGUUACGAGUUUCGAAGAUCACAUUAGAAAAGAGCACAACAUGUGGCAUUACCUGUACUUUAUUGUCUUGGUUCGAGUGAAGGAUUCCACCGAGUUCACGGGACCAGAGAGUUACGUUCAUGCCAUGGUCAAAGAGAAAAAUUUGGAUUGGUUCCCACGUUUGCGAUCCAUGAGCUUGAUAACGUCUAAUGAAACCUUCGAAUCCCUGGGAACUGCAGUAGGAAGCGACUUGAGCGAGGGAUUCGGAAUGAUUUCUGGCUCUGGUUCAUCAGUCGGCGGUUUGUCGACCCAACUGAGCAGUGGGUCCAUUGUCGGGGCACAGGUCGGCACUGUGAACAGUUCCCACGUUACCGGCAUGGAUAUUGUGAAGAACCUGAGUGCGCAACUGGAAUCUACGCAGAAACUGGUGCUUGGAUUAUCCCGACAGCUUCAAGAAUUGAAGGACCAGGGCAGGCAGUUUAUGGCGUGGAAAAUCCUGGCGCAAUUCGUUUUACGCUUGAGCUCGCCAUCGGCGCCUUUCGCUAUCCGGCGCAUCGAAGAACUGAACAAAUCGGCUAACGGAAGUGUCGAAGCGAAGGUCUUAUGCUUCUUCCGGCGUCGAGAUAUACCUCCGCCAUUGCUGAUCCUCGCUGAUAAGCAUGAUACAGGUAUUGUUGCAAAACCUGUUGAUGAAAAUGGCGAAGAGGAAAAGGCAUCUGUAGUGAGUGAAGAUGAUGAUGGCUUGACGGUGGAACAGCGUCAUCAUGUCAAGCAUCGCGAACUUUUCUUGUCACGUCAAGUGGAAACGCUUCCAGCGAGUCAAAUCCGGGGGAAAUGCUACGUCACGUUACUGAAUGAAACUGAAUCUUAUGCUUCGUACCUGAACAAAGAGGACACAUUUUUCUACUCUCUGGUGUACGAUCCUCAGCAGAAGACAUUGUUAGCUGAUAGAGGAGAAAUUCGCGUUGGACUGAAAUAUCAGGCAGAUCCUGUCACUCUCAGUGUUAAACCUAACGGAGUUUCAGAAAAAAAUUCUGAAAAUUUAGAAGAAUUGUUGUGGGACCCGGAGAAUCAUCUGUGCAAAGAAGAAAUCGAGGAGUUUUUGGUUUUAGCGAAGUCUGUAGGGACAUUCGCUAGAGCUGUGGAUUCUAGCGGAACCGUAAAAACUGGGACCCUUCAAGCAGGUGCCGCAGCUGCCUGCAGAGACGCCACGUCAUUGUACGCAAUGAAGUUACUACACAAGUGUAAUUAUGACUGGGCGAAAAGUGUUCGAGCGCUCGUUCCUUCUGGAAGCCAAGGGACGGGUUUCGUCGCGUUUCCCAAGCCCGAGAAACGCAAAGACGGCUCUUUAAUUUAUGACGAAGUUCCGAGUCGAACGUCUCGUCCCUCCACACCCCAGAUGUCGAGCGGUUUAUUCGACGCCAGCUCGAGGGGAACCAAGAGAAAAGCAGGCGCUUACGAGCAACCCCUGAUGGGAGCGGACUAUUCUUCCAAAAGGCUGGCUCCGGUUCCCGCGGUGCCCGGAACUGGAUUGACUCUUCAAAAG